AAUUUCGUUUCCGCUUAUGAAUUCCAAAACACUGCAGAGUCUGACAGAUGCAAAUGCAUCAUUAAAAGUGAUGGCAAGCCCUCAGAAAAUGCAGCAAUAUAUGGACCGACAUAGGAUCGGUCCUCUUUUUGAGAAUCUCAUGAACAAAGUUCUCCAUGACCAGCCUGAUGACCCACUGGUAUAUCUUAUUAAAGUUCUGCAUAAGAAGGCAGGAUUAGAGGCUCCCAGGGACCUGAAGACUCAGGGGGUCAGAAGAAGUUCCCCGGAAAGAAUGGUCAGAAGCAGAAGUCCUGACAUAAAGAAGACAGCAUCAACAUGGGGAUCUUCACCAAUUGGAGAAGUGGAGCGCUCCUAUGACAAACCCUGGUUAUCCAGUAGUAAGAAAGUCAAGCCCAAGUCUGAAGACUUCUCAGCCAUGAAACAAGCUUCUUCUGAUUCGCUGUGUGUGAUGGUGGUCCAACACAAAGAAAUAAGAAAACCUCCAGUUCCAUCCCUCAGGUACCCGCAAACCCCAUUUGCCCCUGAUCUAGAUAAUCUCCAGGAGGUGCUUUGUGUUAAACAGAAACCAAUUAUGCCAGGAAGAAAGCAACCCAAACAGAACUGGAACCCUGACACUAAGGUGGGGAAGACCAGCUUUGACGAUUUAUUUGAUGGAAAUUCAGAGGAGAUGAAAAGUGUACCUAAGAAGAGAGAGGUGUUAACAGAUGCAAAGCAUACCUGGGCUACAGUAGGACUUGGGGGUGAUGAGGAUACCUUUACAAGUGGCGUAUACAGAGGGCCAAAAACUCUCCUCAGUGAAGAUGAUCCUUUGGCAGGGGAGCUAAUGAACAACAAAACUGAAGGCAGUGAAAAAACAGACCAAAAUCUUGUGAGUUCUGGUCAUGUAAGGGGUAGAAGAGUUGAUGCCAAAAAACACAGAAAAGAGUUAGAGGAAUUAGUACAGAAUUCGGAUCCUAAAUCUAGUGAUUCUGGAUAUGAGGAGAAUGGGGAAGGUUUGGAGGAAGAGGAUGAGGCACUCGAGUUACUGGAGGAUGCUGAUGACCUGCUAAAUGAAGGUGUGACAAAAAUUCCUAAAUCUGGCUAUAAGCUCAGUCGAAUUUUACGACAAAGACAAGAAGAUGCAAACAUCAAGCUUAAUAUCAAUCUUUAUGCGGGUGAACAGCCAGCAGAAAGCUACAUAGGGGAGGGACUAUACAAAUCCACAAAGGUAGAUGAUCUGUUUGACUCUGAUGAGGAAAGGCCUGCUACUGGCAUGUCUGGAUUCAGGUCCUCCCCAGGAGACAGCGAUGAAGAGUUUGAAAGUGUGUCUCAAGUCACUGGUCCUAGAAGACCAGUGUGGAAUGUUGGAGAAGAUUCUGAUGGUGAUACGUUUUACCCCCGCAAUUCCAAGACAUCCCCAGAAGUGUCCAGCUACAGGAAACAGAAUGUAUCAAUAUCAGAAAGGAGCUUAAACCAGACAACCCCAGCGAGAUUUGAACCUUCACCUCUACAGUCAUUGGACAGUGCCCGUAAAGAUGUCUCAAGUAAAACAUGGACUCCUGCCUCCCAAACCAUGCAGUCUGUGGACUCUGUCAGAUCCACUAGUGGGGGUUGGCAAAUCCCACGAUACGACUCAGAAACGGAAUUUUCUGAGUUUGGAGACCAGUCCGCCAGAAAUCGUCCACCAAGAGCAUAUUGAUCAUCAGGACACAUGACACUGAUAUACGUGUAUUUUAGGAAUGUGUAGAAUUGAAUUUCAUAGAAGUGUUAAUUAUUACUCAUCUGUGAUAUUUUUAUGUAAUACAUUGUACUUUAUUUAUAGUUUAUUUGUACUUGUCAUACUAUAUAGACAUUUAUUAAAAUACCUUUUGAAGAAUAAGAGCAACCAGUAUGUGUUUCAAUAUCAAUUUAUAUCAUUAUAUCAAUUAAUAUAAUAAAGUUAUUUUUCUUGGUUCAUA